AUGACCAGAGAUUUGAUGGCAAACAAAGACAAGGAGAAUGGUAUCAGGAUGAGUGUCCUGAACUACGAGGAACUCAAUAAAAGCGUCGCAAGUCUCCAAACUGACUUGCAAGAGAAGGCGUCCGAAAUUUCUGGUUUAAAGUUGAAGUUGGAUGCGAAAAAUUCUGAGAUUGAAAUGCUUCACGAAAAAGUCAAUGAAAUGGAAAAGUCUUCUCAGAGUAUCAAAAGCACUUUGGAGAGCAAAGACAAAGAACUUAAGUUACUCUCCCUGGACUUGACUUCCCUCCAAAAAAGGUAUACUAUGCAAAACGAGCAGGUAUCCAGAGUGGUGCAAAGUAAUGUGAAAGAGGUGAGUAAUGCGUUAAAUCAGAUUAUCAAAACGUUUCGAACCGAUAACAAUGUCAUCAGUCUUGAUCUCGAAUCCUUAUCUUCUGAAUUAAAUGUUCAGGUGGCACAGUUACUUGAACAUCUCACACAAAAUGCGGACCGUAUUGAAAAGUUAUUAGAAUCACAAUCAGCCUCAAUAGCAAAAACCCUACAAGGAUGCAUUGAUUUUUCCCCCAUGCUUGCAGAGGUUGAAAAAUUCAAAGUGGAGUAUAAACUACAAGAAUUAUCGUCUUUCAAUAAUUCAAACUUUGAGAGCCUAAAAUCGCAAUUCGAACCAAAUUCUCACUUGCAUCAAAAGGUAAUGGAACAAGCAAGAAUUGAGUUGGAUAAAAAUAGUCAAGUAUUCAAGCAGGAAAUGCUUGGAGAAAUUACUGCUACGGUGGAGCUGCUUUUCAAAAGUAAAAUUACUCAGUUGCAAAAUCCAAUAGAAUCUGCAACUCGAUCCAUUCUUGAUGCUGGCCACGAACUCAUAGGAGAGAAGAAAGAUGCAACCAACUCUAAAAUUGAAUUGGUUUCUAACCAUUUGAAAACAGAGACACAACAAUUGAAGCAGGAAAUUGCUAGUCUUCAUGGCCGUUUUAACAACCAGUUGACUUCUGCUACUGCUGAGAUAAGCACUAAUCUCAAGAGCGGUUUCAAUGACGCAAUUGAAGAAGUCACGAGGUCUGUCGUUGCAGGUGCAAACUCCAGCGUGGAAAAGACGGACUUACGAAUCAGCCUGGUUAAAGCUGCAGUAGAGAAGAUGGGUGCAUCAGCCUCGAAAAGACUCGAACUGGCCACCAAAAACUUGAACGAGUUCGAGGAGGCUCUAACUACACUCGAAAAUUCCGCAGGCGGAAGAAGUAACUCAGUUCUCCAGAAUGCGUCGCCAUCAAAAGAGACAAGCAUUCUUCAACCUCCCGUUGUUAGCCUUUCACCUUCUUUACGAUCUCCCUCAAAGACUUUAGCGCGGUCUCCAUCCUCAAACUCAUGUGCAACAUCUAAAAGACGAAAGCCUGGGUCGCCGCUCAAGGAAAAUAAUGGAAGCUUCCGCAGCAAGAUUCCGCACUUUUCUCUGAAGUAA